AAAUUGUCAAUUGUUAAUUGGCCGGCCUGCCGGUCACUAAAAAAUAAAACGCAGCUAAAGAGUCUCAAAACGACUAAGAGAUUUGAGAUUUAAUUUUUGAAAAAUAGUGUUUAGAGAGAGAAAGUUGGUAUAAUUCAGCGGUGUGGGCGAUGCUGGAAAUCCGCAACAUUUUUUUUUGCAUGGCUUAGAGGGAUUUUCAACCUCUCACCUGCGCUUCAAGGCUGGUUAUUGACUUAGAGUUACUCGUUUGUGAAUAAGCAUUUCUUUCCCUUCUUGGCUUCAUGGUCUGAACUUUUAAUUUGAUUAGAAGGGAAAGAAAGCACAUUUUUGAAGAAAAUAAAAGAUUUUAGUAUCCUUGUAUAGUUUGGAUACAAUGAGCGUUUCAGGCGUGAUUUCUAGGCAAGUUUUGCCUGCAUGUGGUAGCCUUUGUUUCUUUUGCCCUGCAAUGAGGGCUAGGUCUAGGCAGCCUGUCAAGAGGUACAAGAAGCUGAUCUCUGAUAUCUUUCCUCGUUCACAGGAAGAAGGACCAAAUGAUCGGAAGAUAGGAAAACUUUGUGAAUAUGCGAAUAAGAAUCCUUUGCGCAUACCACAGAUUACAACCUCUCUUGAGCAAAGGUGUUACAAGGAAUUGAGAAAUGAGAACUUCCAAUCUGCAAAAAUUGUCAUGUGCAUUUAUAGAAAAUUGUUGAUCUCUUGUAAAGAACAAAUGCCUUUGUUUGCUAGUAGCUUACUAAGCAUUAUCCAAACUCUUUUGGAUCAAACACGACGGGAUGAAAUACAGAUUAUAGGUUGUCUGACUCUUUUUGACUUUGUAAAUAAUCAGAAAGAUGGGACUUACAUGUUUAACUUAGAAUGCUUCAUUCCACAACUCUGUCAGUUAGCUCAGGAGGUUGGGGAGGAUGAAAGGCCCAGAAGUGUACGUGCAGCUGCGCUGCAAGCCCUUUCUGCACUGGUGCAGUUUAUGGGUGAGCAUUCUCAUAUUUCGGCUGAGUUUGACAAUGUUGUUUCUGUGGUUUUGGAAAACUAUGGAUGUCCUAAGAAAAAUAUGGAGAACCCUGCCGAGCACAGGUGUGUAGAAGAAGUGUGCGAAAUAGAGGGUCAUGUUGGUCCUUCACCAGAUGCCUUGACAAAGGUUCCUCCUAUGAGUAUAAUCAUCAAUGACAAAGGCGAAAUAAUUGUGACAGAGGAAGAUGCCCAGAAUCCCUGCUUUUGGUCUAGGGUUUGCCUGCAUAACAUGGCUAAGCUAGCAAUGGAGGCUUCAACCAUUCGGCGAAUUCUGGAGUCUUUGUUCCGUUACUUUGAUUGCGAAAAUUUAUGGUCUCUUGAUAAUGGUUUUGCCUUCUUGGUGUUGAAGGAUUUGCAGAGUUUAAUGGAUAAUACUGGGCAAAAUACUCACUUUUUGCUCUCCACAUUGAUUAAGCAUCUUGAUCAUAAAAAUGUUCUUAAGCAAUCAAACAUGCAACUUGACAUUGUUAGUGUCACCACACUUCUUGCUGAACAAACCAAUGUUGAGCCUUCUGUAGCAAUAAUUGCUGCAGUCAGUGAUGUAAUGAGGCACUUGCGGAAGAGCAUACACUGUUCACUUGAUGAUGAAACUCUGGGAGAUGAUAUAAAAAGAUGGAACAAAAACUUUAGAGAAGCAGUGGAUAAGUGCCUUGUACAGUUGUCAGACAAGAUUGGAGAUGCGGGCCCUAUUCUUGAUGUUAUGGCUGUGAUGUUAGAGAAUAUCUCAACAAUCACAGUUAUAGCCAGAAACACAAUUGCUACUGUAUAUCGAGCAGCUCAAAUUGUGGCAUCUAUGCCAAAUUUAUCAUACAGAAAUAAGGCAUUCCCAGAGGCUUUAUUUCAUCAGUUACUCCCUGCUAUGGUCCAUCCAGACCAUGAAACUAGGGUUGGAGCCCACCAGAUAUUUUCUGUUGUUCUUGUGCCUUCUUCGGUUCAUCCAUCCACAGAUAAUUCUCAGCCGAAGAGGGCAAUGGAUCUUUCAAGGGCACUCACCAGAACUGUCUCUGUCUUUUCUUCUUCAGCUGCCCUUUUUGACAAGCUAAAAAGGGAUAAAUCUUUGAUGAGGAAAAAUCCAUAUCAAGACAAGAAGGAUAAUGUUGUUAAUGGGGGACAACCUAGAAACAAUAAUAAUGGAGUGCUUAAACGAUUGAAGUCAUCUUAUAGUCGAUAUUAUAGUGUGAAAAAUCCCCCUCUAUUUGCAACUGAUGAAAAUUUUGAGAAUAAUUCCAUAAAAGACCAAGUUGAUGUGCUUAGUCGAUUGAAGUCAUCUUAUAAUCGAGUUUAUAGCGUGAAAAAUCCCCCUCUAUCAACCACCGAAGGAAAUUCUGAGAAUAAUUCCAAAAAAGACCAAGAUAGUAAGUCUCUAAGGUUGAGUAACCGCCAGAUUACACUCCUGCUUUCAUCAAUUUGGGCAGAGUCUCUCUCUCCUGCAAAUUCACCUGAAAACUUUCAAGCAAUUUCACAUACAUACAGCCUUGUUAUGCUUUUCUCUACAGUCAAGAACUCUGGUCAUGAGGCUCUGAUUCGAAGUUUUCAGCUAGCACUUUCCUUACGAAAGAUCUCUCUCACUGAAGGAGGGUCACUCCCACCAUCAUGUCGCAGGUCCCUCUUCACCUUGGCAACUUCUAUGAUUCUCUUUUCAUCAAAAGCUUUUAAUAUUCUUCCUCUUGUUCAGUCUUCUAGAGUGACACUUACAGAAAAAAAUGUGGAUCCCUUUCUAUGCUUGGUUGGAGAUCACAAGUUACAGGUUAUUAAGAAGGAAACUGACCACCUGAAAAUUAUAUUUGGGUCAAAAGAAGAUGAUAAAUUGGCUUUGAAAUUCCUCUCUGAAAUAGAUAUCACACAGGACCAAACACAGGAAAGCUUUGCUUCUGAGAUUGUUAAUAGCUUGGAAAACUUGUCUGAGUCUGAAUUGCACUCCAUAAAAGAGCAACUACUUAAUGAAUUCUUACCAGAUGACAUAUGUCCACUGGGAGCACAGUUCAUGGAUACUCCAAACAAAGUAUAUCUUAUUGAUCCAAAUCAUAGUACAUCUCUGAAGGAGACUGCUCUUCUCUUUUCAAUAGAUGAUGAAAGUUUUACAGAUCCAAGUGAAAGUCAAGCAAAAGUCAAUUCAGAUUUGGCCGUGGGAAUGCCCAACCUGUUGACUGUCGAUCAAAUUCUAGAAUCAGUAUUGGAGACGACACAUGAAGUAGGGAGAAUUUCGGUCUCCACUGGACCUGACAUAACUUACAAGGAAAUGGCUGGUCACUGUGAGGCACUCCUAUUGGGAAAGCAGCAGAAGAUGUCUCAUUUGAUGAUUGCUCAAUUGAGGCAAGAAAGUUUGAUUCACGUCCCAGUUCAAAACCAUGCAGUUGAGGCUAAAACUGUGACCUUUCCUUCACAUGUUGAUGUUGGUUCCCAUGGGGCUGGCAAUCCAUUCCUCGAUGAGAAUCUCACAGCCAAUUGGAACACAUCAUCAGCCAGUUCUGUUCCAAUGCAAUGCGCAGCUGAGUACCAGCAUAAUCCUCAAUUUUUCAGACUGCCGGCAUCAAGUCCAUAUGAUAACUUCCUAAAAGCCGCGGGUUGUUAAUCCUACUCAAGUAUAGAAAAAUGCUUCUAUUUGAGGUAGACAAGAAACUAUCAAUACUUAGUUGAGUUGUCACUGAAAUGCUUGGAGGUCUCAAAGCUGCAAAAUCCACAUUAUUUCUUGUUGAUUCUGAAAGCUUUUGAUCUUCCCGGUGAGUAGAAUACACUGUUACUCUACACUAGGAUUUGCGGGAAGAAUCAUUGUUGCAAAUCUAGAUUGGUGAGUUUGUUACUUCCAAAUCAUUUUUCCAAAGAAAAAUGAAUUUCUUGCAUAUGCUGAGUUUGUGGGUAGUCAUUUUGUAAUUGAUCCCUCUCCGGUUUUCUAUUUACAACAAAUCCUUGAGCCAUUUGAUGUAUAAAGUGUUUAUAUAUUUGUUUAUCCAUUCCAUCAUUGUGAAUUUGUGAUGAUGGAGUUGUAUGUAAAUUUCAGGCUUUUAUCAUAUAUGUACUAAAUGGAUAAUAGCGUCCA